AUGCUCGCCCUCCGGCUCGGACGGCGCUCUUCCGGGUGCUCGAUGGCAUGCGCAGGACGACACCAUGUGUUCCCGACUGCGCUGGCAUCGUCGUCCGUCUCCGUCGCGGGCUUUGCGUCGUCGGCAGCCGUCAGCAAGAGGGGCGACAUGAAGUUCUACAAGCAGCCCACGGGAAAGGCCAGACAGGACGCCAUCGCCCGCGCAGCAGAGUUUCGCAAAGGCAUGAAUGCCACAGCGGGCGAGGUGGCCGCGGCCGUGGCGACGGGCGGCAUUGAACAGGCCAAAAUCCAGGCCAACCACACUCCGCCAGCAGGAACCAACAACCCCCUCAAGGCCCUCGACCUCAUGAGACCCCUCAGGCAUCCCAACCCCACGACCCAGUCAUAUUCCAAACAGCGCACAAAGCUGUAUGACCAGAUCAACAAUGCGUUCGUUCGUGCGCAGCUCGCCGAAUGUGUGCGCGCAAUGGGGUUGGCCGUGACGGCUACCGACAAGAAAGCCGCUCUUGUGGACCGCAUCCUUCUUGCGUGGGGCUGGGUCGACAAGACCCCAGAUGAGUACGACACAAAGGUGGAAUCCGAGGAGCACCAGAUGACGCUUGCCGAUCUGUUCCUGUUCCAGCGUAACCGCGACGCUCACCGCCACAGGGGCCUGAGCCCGCGGUUCGACGCUCAUGGUUCUGACCAGGAUGGCAACCCGCAGGCAUACACCAUGAUGGUGACGGGAACGCGCGCGCAGCUGGACGUGUUUAAAAAGUGGUUGAAUGGCGUCGUCAAGCAGCACUCGCAGACAACGUGGACCAAGGCCGACUUGUUGGGCUGGGAGCCGCCCAAGUCGACCCUGUGGGCUGUUUCCAACCUGACAGGCGCAUACAUUGAAGUCGAUGCCCAGAACGUGUAUUCGGCAACCGCCGCGGCCAAGGGCGAUGCGCUGCGCGCAAGAGAGAUGGUCCUCGAGGUGGCGCGCGAAGCAACCAAGGACACCAACGCCGUUAGCGCAUCCACCAACUCGGGUGGGGUCUCCUUGACGCCGCACCUCCCGGCCCCCUCGUCGCCUCUGCCAUGGAAGCUGGCUGCCAAGAUUGGCAAGAGGCCAUUCUUCCGCCUUGCUGCAGUGCAGUCCCAGUACGAGUCGGUCUACCAGCGCGAGGCAAAGCAGCGUGUGGCCAACAUUGCCGUCACUCCCACCAUUAAUUUCGCCGGUUACAGCAAGGAUGCGGUCCUCCGUGACCUUGCCGUCGCAACACUCCAGUCGUUGUCAAACGGUGCCGACAUGACAGCAGACGACGAGACAUCCUCGCUUGUCCUCCAGCUCGGCCACCUUUUGUCCCCAGCCAUGGAGUCCAACGCCGCACUCAGUCUCACCGCCCCCGUCGCUGGCUCUGACACUCUGGAUUCGAGCCGCUGGAACAACCUCACGCCCUUUGUCUUCUGUCCCACCGUUCCCCCCGUCCUUGUCGACAGCCACCUGCCGUCUAUCCUGCAGCGUACACGUCGCGUGACUUACCACCCCCAGUACGGAGACGGCCCCGUUCUCACUCUCGAGUACCAGUACCCCAAGGCCGCCGAGCGCGAGACCUUGCUGAAUGACAUUUCCGACGAGCCCGCGUGGGUCGACCGCCUCGGCGACCUGGUUGCCGCUAGUGCACAGGAGGCGGAGGCUCGGUACGGCGAGGACCUGGCCCCAGACGAGAUGCACCUUGCCAAGGACGGCCUCGAUGCCCUCCUCGGCCCCGACACCACGCCUCUUGCCGACCCCCACCCCUUCGAGACCAGCUUGUCAGCCAGCCUCGAGCGCGAGUCCGCCACCGACGUCCUCCUCCCCGAGCGGCCAGUGGACACACGAAUUGUCGCCCGCGGGUCACAGGCCGUCCCCGCCACCGAUGUCCCACCACUCCUCACCGAUUUCUUCAAGUUGGUGCACACGCACGCCGCCGCGAUGCGCGACACCCCACUCUCAGACUUGGUGGCGCUCCGCGCCGUCCCGCCCCAGGCGACCGAGCCCAUAUCCAUGUACGACGACGACAUGCUGGACCCCCUGGACAUUGCCGGCGAAGACGGUGUCUUCCCCAGCGCGGCACGGAGCCACAAGCCGACGACAGACCACUGGAACGACCCCAUCGAGGAGAACCUCGUCCCGCUCCUGCCCCCGCUCCACGUCACCUUCCGCGGGGCGCCGUACCUCCUCGAGUCGGACCAGGUGCGCGACGCGUCGGCGGCGCCCAUCCGCGAGUUUGCCACCGUGGCCGCGACGCUGGACACGACCGAUCCCGCCGACGCCCUCGACGCCGACGCCGACGACGCGCACGCGCACACCCACGGCUCGACCAACCCGCCCGCCGGGCCGGGCCCGUACACGGCGCACCAGCCGCCCGUGGGCUGGCUGCGCACGCUCGCAGUGGUGGACCUCAACGGCCUCGGCAGCGUGCUGCGCUACGCCGAGCUCGAGGGCAAGGGCGACCUGCGCGCCAUGGGCGAUGCAGUGUGGCGCGAGCUGGCGUACGUCACGAGCGAAACGGUGCCGCGCAAGACGGGCCGGUCCGGGGCCGGAUGGACGCAGGGCGGAUGGACGCCGUAG